AUGGAUCUCAGAGCACUCUUAGUGAGUUUGCUGCUGGUGCUCAAGAUGAAAGAGACCUGGUGCCAGAGAUCUCCUUACGCUGAAAAAAAAUUCCCCUCUCAAGGAAGGAAGUCUUCCCCAAGUGAGUCUCCUCCACAUCAUGAUCAGAUCGGUGAGAUGGCUCAAUCCAAUCCUGACAUCCACCUCAUCCGGAGUAAGCUGGGCAUCCAAGCAAAACCCUAUAGUCUGUCUCUCUCCCCUGAUGACUACCAUCAUUACCUUCCCAAACCAAAGCGCCUGCGCACCACUCGGCUGAUGAAACUGUUGGGAUCUUCCUAUGACCCUUUCUGGAUGUCUCUUGAAGAUCCCCGAGGUCGGAACACCAGCCUAGAUGAAUUAGGUGCCUUGAGUCUGGACCUGGCUGAACGUACAACCCGAUUUCGGAAGAAACUCCUGCAGGAGGCAAAGGGAAUAGAUCUUUCUGAGCUUUUAUCUUCUAAGGACAGCAUUCCUCACAACCUGACUGAAUCCUUCAUUGACCACCUCCACCAGUGGUUAGUGAACAGUGCUACCUGCCAUCUGACCUCUUCCUGGGUGGAUAUGGGAUCAAUUUUCUGGCCCCGCUGGGUACGUCACACUGACUGUGAUCUUAAUAAUGCCAAGUGCUCUUGGCCUCCUGGCAUGACAUGCAAGCCUGCCCAGGUCACCCACAUCAAACUCUUAGCAUGGCAUUGUUGGGUUAGCAGGGACCAAAUUCUUGGUCCUCGUAAGUCCUUUCAGCAAUGUGCUUGGAGACAAAUCCCUUACCCUGUGGUGGCAGUAUGCAAGUGCUCCUGUUGACAACAAGAUGGCAUCAGGAUUCUGCAUGGCCAGUUCUCUUAAGGAUUUUGUGGUCACUUGCCAGUCACU